AUGUUAAAUAACUCAUAAACAAAUUAAAUUCUAAUAUCAAAAAUAUUUGUAGCUUAAUGUCUUCAGGAUUAUGAAUAAGCUACAGCUCUUUUGGAAUAGUUAACAGGAAAUUUAGUUGAAAAUUUGAAUAUGUUCAAUAAACAUCCAAAAAUCCAUAAAAUACUAUAAGACAACUUCGAAAUAUUCCCUGAAAAUUAUUUAGUAUAACCACAAUAAAUGGAUGAAGGUAUUGAACAAUAUCAUAAAUAUUUGGAGUAAAUUUGUAAUUAGACAAGUAAGGAAGGUAAAUGAUAGAAUAAUGUUUUAGAGAAGAAAACCAAGAACAAGAAUCCUUGGACAGAAGAAGAAAGGAGAUUAUUUAAAUAAGCAAUAAAAGAAGGAUCAUCAAAAGAUUGGAAAGCUAUGGCAGCAAUCAUAAAAACAAGAUCCCCUCCAUAAGUUCGUUCUUACUAUUAAAAGUAUAUGAAAAAGAAAAGAUAAAAAUUAAAGACAGAAAACAAAAGUUAAUGA